CCUGUUAUCUCUCUUUAGAGGUAAACAUGCAAAACCAAGUGAGGUUCUCCAGUUGCAGAGGUGUGGCAUUUGAGAUCAAACCUCAUGCAGAUCCAUUUGCCAUCACUACGGCAGCAGAGCCCAACAGCAGCAAGAGAUUCUGGCCUUCAUGGAAUAUUUAUGGUAACUCCUCCAUAGUGUUCCCUUCUUCGAUACAGAAAUCCAUGAGCCGAGCCAGUAGCCACUUCUGUGACCUUGACCUUGAUGUAGAAGACGGUGAUAGUGAUGAUGAAAGCGAUAUCACUCUGAAGAAUUUAGAAAAAGGGAAGAACGAGGAGAGAGAUCACCACAAGCCAAUCAUUCCAUCCGCCACUAAACGUGAGCAACCAUCAAAGGCUGCACGAAAGCAAGAAUCAAGGUUGUCGGUAAUUUUGCUUGAUCAAGGGUUGUUCACGGUUUACAAGCGACUCUUUGCAGUUUGCUUAAUCCUGAACAUUACUGGCUUGGUUCUUGCAAUCACUGGUCAUUUCCCGUAUGCCAGAAAUAGAGCUUCCCUUUUUUCCAUCUUAAAUAUUCUUGCUUUGACACUAUGCAGAAGCGAAGCCUUCUUGCGAAUUGUUUUUUGGCUCGCAGUCAAAACAUUGGGGAGGUCUUGGGUUCCUCUCCCAAUAAAAACCGCUACCACUUCUUUGCUUCAGAGUCUUGGAGGUAUUCAUAGCGGUUGUGGCGUUUCAUCAGUUUUCUGGCUUAUUUAUGCUUUAAUCCUCACGCUCAAAGACAGAGAAAACACUUCUCCUGAGAUCAUAGGCGUGGCCAGUGCUAUUCUUUCUCUUCUCUGUCUUUCCUCAUUGGCUGCAUUCCCUCUUUUUCGUCAUCUCCAUCACAAUGUAUUCGAAAGGAUUCAUAGGUUUGCAGGAUGGACUGCGCUUGGUCUCCUGUGGGCAUUUGUUAUCCUUACAAUCUCUUAUGACCCGAAAAUCAAAUCCUACACAAGUGAACUUGGUUCAAGGCUUAUCAAACAACAAGAAUUCUGGUUCACCGCAGCCAUCACGGUACUAAUAAUCAUCCCAUGGUUGACAGUGAGGCGCGUACCCGUUAAGGUCUCUGCUCCUUCAGGUGCUGCUGGUGACUUCACGAAGUCCUUAUUGUCAAACCCGCCAAGCCAUCUGUGGGUUCGCCAGGUGCACUUUGCCGGUCUGCCUUAUCUAACUAACAUGUACGAUAGGGUUCUGCUGGUUGCAACAGGUUCAGGGAUUUGCGUGUUUUUGUCAUUCUUGUUGCAGCCUUGUAGAGCUAGUGUGUCUUUGGUUUGGGUGACUAAAGGGAUUGAACAAAACUUUGGUAAAGAAAUUACGCAGAUGGUAAGUAGGCAUCCCAAAGACAAGGUGAUAGUGCAUGACACCGCUCUAUUUGGUCGUCCAAAUGUGUCUCAAAUGAGUGUAGAUGCCGCUAAAAGAUGGGGAGCUGAAGUAGUCAUUGUUACAAGCAAUCCAGAAGGAAGCAGAGAUGUUGUCAAUGCGUGCAAGUCAGCAGGAAUUCCAGCUUUCGGUCCCAUUUGGGACUCUUAAUUUUAUUAUCCCUUUGGCAAUUAU